GUGCCUUCAAAGCCGAAUUAAAAAUGGCUUCAAAGCUUAAAACUUUCAUCAAUCUCCGUGGCUACCCAAUAACCCUAUUCAACCAGAAUCAUCGAUCACUAUCUUCGCAAAUUCUCGCGCCCAUCAACCAAUCGCAAUACAGGAAACGAAUCUUGCUCGCGAAUCUCCUUCAGAGGUAUGGCUUCCCUCCUUCUUCUCUCCAACACUUCCUCUCUAGAAACAAUCACCUCUUGAAUUCGGAUCUAGCAGAAACCGAGACCUCUCUCGGUAUCUUGUUAUCGUUAAAACUCCCUCAGAAAUCACUCGUUUCGUUGAUCUGCGAUUGCCCGAAUGUCCUGCGAUCAGAGUUCCUGAGGAAAUGGAGAGUUCCUCUCUCGGACUGCGGUAAACACGGGUUCUCUUCUUCCGCGAUUAAGAGCGUCCUUGAACAUUGUAGUAGAAUUGGGAUUGGUCCAGAUAAGUUUUAUGACUGCGUAAGGGUUUUGAAAGGUUUAGGGUUUUGUGAUAGUACUGUGAGUAGGAUUUUAAGUUCAUUCCCUGGUGUUCUAUUAGUCAAAGAGGUUGAGAUUCUCAGGAAGAUUGAGUUUUUAGUUGGAAUCGACAUUGCUCGAGAUAACAUUGAGAGGUUCUUUCACGUUUUUCCUGAGGUUUUAGGGAUUGGUACUGAGACUAGACUUAAGCCAUUGCUUGAUGAGUUUAUGAAGAUGGGGUUUAGUAAAGAUGAUGUAAAGAAAGAGAUUGCUAGAGAACCGAGAGUUCUUGGUUUGGAGUUAGGAGAGCUUCCACGGUGUUUGGAAUUGAUCAACACAUUGAAAUGUCGAGAAGUGAUCAGAGUUAGUAUUCUCAGCGAAGGAGUAUUCCGUGCUGGGAUUGAAGUGAAACUCAGAGUUGAUUGUUUAUGCAAAUACGGGUUGAUUCGUAGAGACGCAUUCAAGGUUGUGUGGAAAGAGCCGAGGGUGAUCUUAUAUGAGAUAGAGGAGAUAGAGAAGAUAGAGAAGAAGAUUGAGUUUUUAACUAACCGAAUGGGGUUUCAUAUCAAUUGCUUAGCUGAUGUACCAGAGUAUCUAGGGGUUAAUCUUCAGAAGCAGAUCGUUCCACGGUACAAUGUCAUUGAUUACUUGAAACUGAAAGGCGGGCUUGGUUGUGAUAUUGGAUUGAAAGGUUUGAUAAAACCAAGCAUGAAGAGAUUCUAUAAUUUAUACGUGAAGCCAUACCCAGAGUGCGAAAGAAUCUUUGGCAAGAGAAAAGAGCAUGUCCGAGUGAAGAGCCGACAUCCCGCAGGGCUUUGGAAGCUUAUGAAGCCGUCUAGCCAUCUAACAACAAAGGAAGAUGUGGUAAACAUGAAGUCCUUUAUAGGGUCACUUGCGUAGUAUAUUUGGUUAUCUGCUUGGCAAAAAGGUUUAGCUCUUACCAUUGAAAGCUGCCUCACUUUACUACAAGGUGCUCUGAAUCGAUAUGAGUUUGAGGAAACUUACAUGAGCUUUGGAAUCAGAUUUCAUGGCUUGAUUAUUCAAAGGAAAAUGCAUACUCCUGACGGAAGUUACUGAAUAAAUUCACUCACUUCUUGUUCUGCAUCUUGUGGAGGCAGAAGACAUCUACCAAAGUGAUAAGCACCAAAAUGCAUACAAUCAAUGAGGAGGCACGUGCAGAUAUAGACAACGAAGUAAAAAGACGAGAGGAGCGCAACAGAUUGUAACAACCUUCUCAUGUUCUCAUGCUUAUAGAAAUUGUAGUCAUCAGUUUGUUAGUGCUUGAAUGGAAGUCCGGUACGGCUCCGUGUGACGACCCUAAUCACGGGGUCACCAAUGAAUGUACUCCGACUUAACUGCGGCAUGAUUCAGGUGUGUGAAGACUGUGAUGAGUUAAGUAAAAAUGUAAAAGGUUUUGAUUGAAUCACACUCUGGAGCUGCGAUUGUGAUGCGGCAAGGUUUCAUUUAAUAUGUAAUUUACAAUUUUACCUUUAUUUAAGAAAAAAAAUUGGAAAAAAGC